UCGAUUUUUGUCUCUUACUUUAUGUAGAUACGCAUUGGACCCAACAGAUUGAAACACAUUUUAUCCAGGACAAAGUUUAUAAAUGUCCUCUCAAAUGUUAUAUCAACGGUAUCGGUGCAGAUAAACUGUUUUCUUUAUCGAUAGUUCUUGGUUAUCACUUUAGGAUACAGCCUGUUGCAGACUGUCGAAGAUCAAUAUAAAAUAUAGAAUUCCGCAAGAGAAAUACAUAUAAUCCAAAAUGUCGAUCAUCGAUGACGUAACAUUGACUGAAAAAGAAGCAUUGUCAUAUCUAGACGAGAAUCUCAGAAUGGCGUCAGUGGAGCAGAUGCUUUCCGCUGACAGAGAAACCCUUUUGAACGAGAUUAUAGUCGCAAUGCAUCGUCACCUACCCUUCCACACGGUCAAGAAUCUGGUCACCCCGCAGGAGAAUAGACACCUACCAACCCUAGAAGAAAUCAAGGAAGACAUGCACGAAGGAACCGGUGGCCUGUGCUACACACUCAACGUGUUCUGCAGGAUGUUGCUUCGAGCGUUGGGAUACGAUGUAGCCUUCGUACCCAGUGAUUGCCGAGGGUACAAGGAUGUCCACAUGCUGCUCAUGGUGCGUCACCUGACAGCCGAAGGAAGCAGUCACAUGGUAGACGUUGGAUCAGGGUGUCCAUCAUUUCGCGCCAUUUCUUUCGACUUCGAGGGGGAGACGUCUCCCGUUUACCAGGAUUCCUUCCUGCGUUACCGGUUCGUCCGCCAAGGAGACGCUGUUGUCCGGCAGCACGCCAUUAUUACGGACCAAGAUAGAGCGGAGGAGUUUGAGGCCACUUCCGGGGAAUGGUUUUCAUACAUCACCAUCCAUUACAAGAAAUACGUCAGGAUGGAGUACUUCAAAGACACCACAACGGCAUUCUAUACAGUGGUCAAUCCGGAUGUUCCCUUCUUGACCAGCUUGCGAUGUUUGGCAUUUCCUGAUAAUCGAUUCAUCUGCAUCAAAGACACAACCUUACUGAAAGAGAAUGAAGAUGGACGGGUUGAGAAGUCUUAUUUUCGAUCACGUGAUGAGAUCUUGUCGGCAUUCCUGCUUUAUUUUCCUCACUUUCCAAGAAGUAUGAUUCUUACUGCAAUGAAUGACCAAAAUGUGUCAUUUGAUUUUAACAAGGAAGUGGAAUAAGGCAUCAAUAACUUUGUUAGGUUAAAGAUGUCAUCACCAUGACCACGGUGAUGGUGAGAAAACAUACAAUUAAGAAGUGUAUAUUCAAAGGAAAGACAGAUAGCGUGAGGAUGAUACAGAUAUAUAGACAAAAAAUGAAGAAAUUUCUUGUACAAUAUCAACAUUGAUAUAUCUAACUUGUUAUUAUGGUAUCUAAAGUCUAGAGUUCUUUGAUUUCCGGAAAAUUAUUCAGUUGUGGUUGUGCUAUAUGAAUUGAACGCUUUGCAAGGUAUUCGCCAUGUUCGUAGAAGGAAUUAAAGAACAUAGUAAAUGUAUUGAAAAUGCCUGUCAAAUGACAAUGAACAGCUGGGAGGUCUUUGUCGAAAAUUGGUGAACCAGAACAGAUUCAUCCAAAGUUUCGGAGCUGACAAAGAAUUGCAAAUGUGUCGUUUGCCCAGAGUCCAGAACAAAACUGUUGUUUUGUUUCACCAAUUAUCGAAAAAAAAAAUGUUUUGGUUGCUCAGUGUCAUGAAGAGCAUUUGACAAUACAUUUUCUAUGUUCUUGAAAGCGUUCACCAUCGCGGUGCCAAAACUCCCUAGUUUCUCCUAUUGUCGCAUGUUAGGAAGGAGCUGUAACUCUUGUACUUUAUGCAAAACGCAUCUAAGGGUCUUGAAGCAUAGCAUUCCACUUGGCUUUGAAGUUCCCUGCGGCAUACCCUUAUUCUGCCAAGUCGUUCUAUGGACGCCUAAAAAUAUAUAUUGAUAUUGAUAUAUUAUAAAUUGUGAAUAUCGUGAACGUUUAGUUAGAAAUGGGACUUCGAAUACGUUUAUCAAAUUUAGCACAGUCAUGACCAUGCACACCUCACAUUUUGUGUACCAGAGUCGAUCAAAGAAAAAACAGAUUCUUAUAUUAGUUCAAUAUUUGACCAUGAUCUGAUCAUUCGCGUACAUUUUAAUGCUCUGUCCUUUAAUCCACGAUUUACAAUUUCUGAUAUUAGUUACUUUGCUUAUUCGUGUUUCCGAUGGUUGUUGUUGUUUUGUACGUAUGCAGUUGAAAUACAGUAGUAUGGAAUUACGAACGUUUGCAUUCGCUCUUGAAACGCAUUACACAUUUGACCAUUUAUUAUGAAAUCAUUAAAACAGGCAGUGAACAGUUACCGGGAUUCGAUAUUCUGAUGGAUGCUUUUAAAACAUUUAUUGAUAUUGUGUUGUAUUAUCUAACCAGCUGAUUAACAAAUGUAUAGCGAUUUAUCGGCGGCAUCGAGCAUAGGAAAGCUGUUUGACGCCGCUCCGUCUUACCACCACUCUGAUUGUAGCUUCUUUUUUUUUUUACCUUUUUUCAAAUUCGGAAAUAGCUGUCCUCUUUUAGAAAUUUCCUCUUUCUUUUUUUUACAGGCUGUGCGAUAUACUUGUCUUUUGUUAUAAUUGCCUAUUUUCUUGCACAACACUUAUAUAUACUUCAUUUAAACGGUGGUUAAUAGUUUUAAUGAAAAUAAAAUUGUGAAUAUUUCAUAAUGUAAAGUUGGCUUUGGGGUUGAACCCUUUGCUUUGUAUGUUUAAUUUGUGAAUACGCUGUAAACGUUCCCAGCUGAAUGUUAUUAUCUUAAUAUAUAAACUCCUCAAAAAAGUUUAGAAAUCUGACUUUGACCGAUAUUCCCUCGUCGGUUUUAGUCAAUAUCAAUGAAUAGAUCAUUUUAUUUUCUUUGAAAUGAUACCCUACAUGAUAUGAUUAUGCUUCGCAUGGAGGUGCAGUGCCUUGAAAUGUGGGGCAAUGUCAAAAUUCAUAAGUUUCAAAAAAUGACACAAUAUCAAUGUAGUGAUGGGUGAGUUUCUGAGAGGUUUCAUUUAAUCGUUUUCAUGCACCUUAACAUCACCAUUAACAUGCAAUCAAGCAAACCUCUGAACGAGCAAACAUAUAACAAACAAACACACAUGCAUGGGAUUUCAAACCACGACUCAAACCAUGUCAUCUCAUAGAA